GGAGUUAUAGGCUGUGUAGAUGGAACACACAUCCGAAUAGUUCAACCACAUGAAGACUCAUCUUUAUACUACAAUAGAAAAGGAUACUUCAGUAUAAAUGCAAUGAUUAUUUGUUACCAUCAAAUGAGAAUUACAUAUUUAGAUUGCCGGUAUGGCGGUGCUAGCCAUGAUUCACAUGUUUGGACCCUUUCCAACGCAAAGCAAAAAUUAAAAGAACGUUUCGAAAGAGGAGAAAAUGGAUAUUGGCUGAUUGGCGAUUCGGGCUACCCAUUGGAACCCUGGUUACUUACCCCAUACAGGAACGCGACGGAAAAUUCGCCUGAAAGUCGUUUUAAUAAAAAGUUUUGCAAAGGAAGGUCCAUAAUUGAAAGAGUGUUUGGUGUUUUGAAAGGCAGAUUUAGGUGUCUGUUAGCAGCCAGAGAGUUACAUUACGCACCAGAAAGUGUGGUUCAAAUAAUGAACGUUUGCUCUGCCCUGCACAAUAUUUGCCUAGAAUUUAAUUCGCAACUGUCAAGAUACGAAAUUGCUGGGCCAGAAAGUCUUAAUGAAAUUGAAGUGCCUGUUUAUAGCAAUACGAACAACAGCGAAGAAACAAAUAUUGCUAAGGAAAUAAGGAAUAAUGUUAGAAACAAUUUGAUUUAA